AUGCCGCCGCCUGGUGGUUAUGAAGCCCUUCGAUACAAACGUAAUUUACCCCUCAGAGGGCCUAGCGGUGCAGUUAUCUUGGCCGGCGUUACGGCUAUCUGCGCCUAUGGGUUUUAUCGAGUUGGCCAGGGCAACUUGGAGAAGCGUGAGCUGAAGCGUGAAAACAUCUGGUCCCGUAUCCACCUUACCCCACUUAUUCUGGCCGAAAAUGAUCGGGAUGCCUAUCGGCGUCAGCAGGCUCAGAUAACACGCGAACGGGAGAUCAUGAAAGACGUGAAAGGAUGGGAGGCUGGAAAGAGUGUGUAUCAUGGCGAUCGUCGACCAAGUGAUAGGAUCGUAUUGCUAUAG